AUGACUGAAGGUGUGGUGAACCUUGGUGAUAACUAUGAACCACUCAUUGUUGACUAUGGUGCUGAAUGCCUAAUGUGUGAAGGAGGGGGUUUAAGUCAGACAAACUUCAGUGACGGUUCAGGGAGUAAAGGGACAUUGAGGGGUAAUUUGAAUUGCAUGAAAUGGGUUGGAGUUUUUGCAGGAGUAGGGCAAUAUAUUCCACAUGCCCAAGAUUUUAGGGAGGCUAUGUACAGGUUUAGUAUUGCACAGAAGUUUGCAACGACAUAUGUGAGAAACAGUAGGGAGAAGAUGAAUGUGAGGUGUAAAGUGGAAGGGUGUCCAUGGAAGAUUUGUACAAAUGCUGUUGGGAGGGAUACUCUUUUAUUACACGUGACCACAUUCGUUAAUGAACACAUUCAUUUAGCGCAAGAUAACCUAGAUGUCACUUAUGCUGGCAAUGCUGUGUUGACGUCAUCAAUAAUACUUGAGGAGAUAAGGAACCAUACCGAAAAGCGUCCUACUGAAAUAAGGAAGACACUGGAAAGGGAAUAUGGUGUGAGGCUAACAUAUGCUCAAGCUUACAGAUCAAAGGAAAAGGCCAUGGAACACAUACAUGGGAAACUGGAAGAAUCCUAUAUGUUCAUACCGUGGAUAUGCCAAAGAUUGAAAGAAACUGAUGAUAAAAUAGUUGCUGAAUGGGUUGUCAUUGGUAAUACAUUUGAGCGGGUUUUCAUUGCAUAUGCGUCGGGAUAUGAUGCAGAUAAUGACUUGUUGCCUUUUGCAAUAGCAGUGGUGAAAUCAGAGAAUCUUGAUUACUGGACUUGGUUUCUGUUCAAAAUUAAAGAAAUUGUUGGUUCGGUGCAGGUGACGAUUGUGUCAGACCGACACAAUGCCAUAAUAGGAUCUGUCCAAGCAAUAUUUGGAGGUGAAAGACAUGCGUAUUGUUAUAGGCAUGUGAAGGAAAACUUCAGUGCUGAACAAGUGAAAGUAAACAGAGGUAAAAGGACAAGCCAAUGGUCAAAAGAAGAUGCAUUAAAGGUUCUUGAUAGAGCAGCUUAUGAAAGGGUUGAUAGUGACUUUGAUAAUGUAAUGGCAGAGCUAAGAACUAUGUCUCCUGAGUUACAUGAUUGGGUUAUCAAUCAAGGUGAUGUGAAUAGGUGGGCAAUGAGCAAGUUCCCAUUUAAAAGAUGGGAUAAUAUAACAACCAAUAUAGCUGAGUCUUUCAAUUCUUGGAUGGUGAAAGAGAGAAAGCAUAAUGUGGCGCAAAUGAUCCAUGAGCAUCGGGAGAAAGUAGCAAGGAAGAUGCAUGCAUCAUAUAUGUUUAUGAGUAAGUGGAGGAAUUGUGUUGGGUCAAAAACCGAGGCAAAGGUUCUGGAGAAUGUGUAUUUCAGUAAGUAUAUGAGCUGUGACAAUUAUGGAGGCGGAAGACUGUGUGUACAUACAUCUCGUGGAGAUUAA